AUGAACAUUUGUUAUUGCUGGGUAUCGUCAAUGAAAUUCCCCUUUCACGGCUUGCGCUUCUCAAGGCCCUUUAUCUCUCUAUCUUCUUCAUCUCGCAAUCGCAUGAUGACUAUUCAAAAUUGUUCCUCUAAUUCUUCUUCUUCAGCUUCCAUAUCAACGGAGUCCAAAGAGAAGAAGAGGGAAAAUAUACCUUGGUUAAUUGUUGGCCUCGGGAAUCCAGGCAAAAAGUACGCUGCCACUCGCCACAAUGUCGGCUUUGAGAUGGUUGAUGCCAUAGCUGAAGCUGAAGGGAUAUCUAUGAACACUGUUUCCUUCAAAGCGUUGUUUGGAAAAGGUUUAAUAGGUGAUGUACCCGUCAUACUUGCAAAACCACAGACUUUUAUGAAUUUAAGUGGCGAAUCUGUUGGGUCCAUAGUUUCAUAUUACAAGAUUCCACUGAAGCAAGUACUUGUGAUCUUUGAUGACUUGGAUUUGCCUUUUGCUAAAUUGCGGCUUCUACCAAAGGGUGGACAUGGAGGCCACAAUGGAAUGAAGAGUGUUAUUAAUCACUUCAAAGGGAAUAGUGGUUUUCCUCGUUUAAGAAUUGGCAUUGGACGACCUCCUGGUAAAAUGGAUCCUGUAGCAUUUGUUCUUCGCACGUUCACUAAACAGGAAAGGGAAGAGUUGAAUUUUACAUUACAAGAUGGAUUAGAAGCUGUGCGGAUUCUUUUGCUUGAGGGUUUUGAUAAAAGUGCAACAUUUGUUAAUAGUGCCAAAAAGAUAGAGCAAACAGACGAAGUAUCAGCUAUAGUCAUAGACCUGGGUUCACACACAUGCAAAGCUGGUUACGCUGGCGAAGAUGCUCCCAAGGCCGUUUUCCCCUCUGUUGUUGGUGCAAUUGAUCAAAUGGACAUUGAUGGACCUGUUGACUCUGACGAGAACAAUGGAUCUGCUGCGGAUUUACAAAACAAUAACAAAAAUCAUGAAUCUGACAAGAGCAAGGGAAAGUGCAAACUUUAUGUAGGAUCUCAGUCACUGGGAUACCGCAGAGACUUUAUGGAGGUGGUUUCACCGUUGAAGAAUGGAGUUGUUGUUGACUGGAAUAUUGUUGACAACAUAUGGGAUCAUGCUUUGAGGGAAUGCCUCCUAGUUGAUCCUAAAGAGCGUCCAAUGCUACUUGCCGAGCCAUGUUCCAACACUCAAGAACAGAGAGAAAGUGGUGGUGGAUCAACUACAGUUGUUCCAGUGCUGGAUGGUUAUGUUCUUCAAAAGGCACUAAUGCCAGUUCUACGUUGUGAUAACUUCUCCUAUUGGAGGAGAAUUUCUAACAGAUUGCUUGAUGAAAAGUUUGGAAGGCAAAGACCUCGAUAUUCAUUCAAGAAAAAGGAAAUACGACCUGGAAAUCUUCAGACUGUAGACCUUGAUUUCCCACAUACAACAGAAAGCUACAAACUCUACUCCCAGAGGGUUAUUGUUAGUGACAUCAAGGAAUGUGUUUGCCGAACACCAGAUUCUCCAUAUGAUGGUUUGUAUCAGCGUUGUAGUUUCAGAUAA